CUGGUGCUCUGCUCCCUGACCCCAGUGGCAGUCCUUACUCAUUGCACUGUUUUCUUCCUUCUUCGCUUUUUUUCUCUCUCUCUCCCUCUCUGUCUCUCUCUCUCCCUUCUCUCUUUCCUUCUCGUUCCCCAGUUCAAGAGGUCGGACUGCUCUCAUUUUUCUCACCCCCCUUUUUCUCUUCUCUUCUUUUUCUUCCCUCCUUCCUUUCCUGCCUCUCUUUCGUUUCCCCACACCCACCCCCGGGCUCCUUUCGGGUCGAAGGUUCUGCCCUGCCUUACACCAGCCGCCCACCUAUGCCAAGGUCUCCCUGGCUCUUUCGCUCUCUUGUAACCAGCGGCUUCACGGCAGCGUCGCCCCCUCCCCUCAUGGAUCGGCUCCUUCCCCAGCACUGAAGGCAUCCUUAGGAAUACACCUCCACCUCCAGGAAAAUAAAAAGAGGCAGAGAAGAAUUCUGCAGAGUUCAUGAGGACAUCUUUGGCUUCUGACAUUGGCUGAAACACAAUGCUCAUUCCUGUCUUUUGCUCUGGAAAGUUGUAACUCGCUCAUGUCUAUAAAGAGGAAGCAUGGCACAUGGAAUUCCUUCACAAGGCAAAGUGUCCAUUUCUGUGGAUGAAUACAGCUCAAAUCCAACCCAGGCAUUCACACACUACAAUAUUAACCAAAGCCGAUUCCAGCCUCCACACGUACACAUGGUCGAUCCUAUUCCAUACGACACCCCGAAACCAGCAGGCCACACACGGUUUGUCUGCAUCUCAGAUACACACUCCAGAACAGAUGGAGUCCAGAUGCCUUAUGGGGACAUCUUGCUUCAUACAGGCGAUUUUACUGAGUUGGGACUACCCUCUGAGGUCAAGAAGUUUAAUGAUUGGUUAGGAAACUUGCCAUAUGAUUACAAAAUAGUGAUUGCUGGGAAUCAUGAACUAACAUUUGAUAAAGAAUUCAUGGCAGACCUUGUAAAACAGGAUUACUACCGCUUUCCUUCUGUAUCCAAAUUGAAACCAGAGGACUUUGACAAUGUUCAGUCACUUUUGACAAACAGUAUUUACUUGCAAGAUUCUGAGGUAACCGUCAAAGGAUUCCGAAUAUAUGGCGCCCCUUGGACACCAUGGUUUAAUGGAUGGGGUUUUAAUCUACCCAGAGGUCAAUCUUUGUUGGACAAGUGGAACCUUAUUCCUGAAGGCAUAGAUAUAUUAAUGACCCAUGGGCCUCCUCUUGGAUUUCGAGACUGGGUUCCAAAGGAGCUGCAGAGGGUUGGCUGUGUGGAGUUGCUAAACACUGUACAAAGGCGAGUAAGACCCAAACUCCAUGUCUUUGGAGGUAUCCAUGAAGGUUAUGGCAUUAUGACAGAUGGUUACACAACAUAUAUUAAUGCCUCAACGUGUACAGUCAGCUUUCAGCCAACUAACCCACCAAUUAUAUUUGACCUGCCAACGCCACAAGGAUCAUGAAAGACCACUACUCCAUUGGGGAAGGUCUAUAAACUGCCAUUUUUCUAAUUACAAAACAUUCAUUCUCUUAACAUGUUUCUUUACAAAUAAUGUAGGGCUUUUUUGUAAAUUGUUGUUACAGAAAAAAAAAGAUAGGGGUUGUGCUUUUCUCUCUCUCUCUCUCUCUCUCUCUCUCUCUCUCUCUCUCUCUCUCUCUUUCUCUCUCUCUCUCUCUCCUUUUGGAAAUGCAGCAUCCAUUUGAAAAUUGAUAAAACUUUGUGAAUUUGUAAAAUGAAGUUUUAUGUUCUCUUAAUUAACUUGCCAUUGUAAAUUGUUAGUGUUCUCAAAAGGACAGCCAAGCUUUCUUUUAAUGAGUGAGACACCUUAUUUUAAUAUUAUUAAAUAAGAUUAUAAAAGGCGUUGUUUAAAAAAAAACACCCAGAUCCAAAUUUGCACAACUUUUAUUGUUUUCUGGGGGGGGGAUCUCCAAUGAUAAAAUGCCAUUCUUUCCUCAUUUUUAUAAGCAUGUAUAUGUUCCAUGAAUCAGAGGUUGGAAUAUGUCCCUGUGUGCAAAUGCACUUCACAAUUCAAUAUUCAGUGAAGUAUGUUGAAAACUUCUGGAAUUGAUAGUUCUAGAUAUGCUUACAUCUGUGCAAGGCUGUGGUCAUGGAGUUAUUAAGCUGGAUGUGGAUUCUCUAUUCAUUUCAGUGAAUCAUCUUUCUUUCUUGAAAAGAAUUCUUGAUCUGGAAGAAUUUUUACCCAUCAGAGCUCCUCUGUCCACAGCUGAUUGCUAGAUCAGGGAUCAGUUUUUUGAUUGAUACAUAUGCGUUCUAUGAAAUUCUGCUUAUUAAUGGUAUUGCAGUAGUGAGGGAAAAUAGCUUUCUAGGUUUAGUUUGUCUGCCUGCUUUAAUGAUCAGUUAGAUAGCAACAUCCUGUAUAUGAUUAUCUAAAUUGUCCCAAUUUGGGUGAGUUUCUUAAAUUAUUUUAGUUUUAAAAAAUAUGGGAAUGAAAACUGCAAUGAGCAGGUGUUCCAUGCAGUAAAAACAUGUAAAUGUGGACUGCUUUUAAAUACGGAUUUUUAUAUAUAUUUUUUGUGCUUUAUAACAAAGCAAGGCAUAUAAUAUUGCCAGCAUAGCAUCUCCAAAAUUAUGCUGUAUAGCACAUCUAAAUUAUGAAGGAUGUGAUACAUUUUUUUCCAAUCACUCAAGGCCUUCAAGAGCUUGAGUUUAAAAUCUUUGUGCAGUUUCAGGCAUGUAUAGAAUCAAAUAAAUACAAUCAAGCCUAACUAAAAUAAGGCUUUGUUGUCCUUUAUAUUUAAAAUAUUAUUGAAUUGUCUUUCCAUUUCUUUUUUUCUUAUUUUGCACUGUGUGUAAAUGCAAUCUUGCUAGCACAAAAUAUUGUUGCAGAUAGUUAUUUCUGUUCUAUCACUGUAAAUGCUAUUGAGCUUUCUUCUGUUUUAUGUUAUCUUCAUGGAAUUUAGGAAAGCAGGUGUUUCUUUAAAUUUAUUGCGAUAUUAUAUAUCUAGCGGCCUUUAUAUGCAAAUAAAAUUGCAAGAUUUUUAAAUA